AUGGCGCAGCGACCUGGUCCGGGCUCAAGCCGCACAGCAGAGAGCGGCGCACAACGCCAUCUCCCACUGCCUGGCAUUAGUUCGACGGCAUCUGCGCUGCGCACACGGCGUAAUGAGUCGCGAGCGGGGGAACACCCAGAGGAAAUGGACGACUUUGAGGUCGAGACACCAGGUGACGCAGCGUUAAAUGAGUUGCCGUCCGGCAUCAUUAUGCCCAGUGUCAAGAGCUCGCGUGUAUCACAGUCAAGCUCACAAGGAAUGACAGAUCCGUCCAAGGGCCAGGGUGGCCGUACAAAGACACUUAAGGCAGGCGCUGCCCCACUCCGUGCGCCGCGAGCGCCGCCGCCAAAAUUACCUGGCAGCGCAGUUAUAGACAAGCCUGGCCUACAAUUUAAAGGCACACCUGCGCGUCUCCCACGAUACUCACUGCCUGUGAGAGCCGAGAAGCCGGUGCGUGCCUCGAAGUUCAGUGGACGACAUGUCCUUUUGCCUAGCGAGAGUCAGUUGGCACCAUUGCCCGUGCCAACAACAAAGGGCAAGAAGGGCAUGAAACAGAAAACAGAAGGCUAUACCAAAGAAGGAGGUGCUGGAAACGGUGGUAAGGAAGAAGAAGAUGAUGAUGAUGAUGAUGACGAUGAUGACGAGGAUGACGAAGACAACGAGGAAGUCGAAGAGGAAGACGCGGAUGAGUCUGGACAUGUCACACAUGGUGGUGAUCGUGCAAAGUUGGAACAUCGCCGAACACAUCGUCGACCACAGCAGCGCAAGAAUCCUGUGUAUUAUACAUUUGAGCGCAUGUCGCCACUUACACGAGCGACGACGCCAUUACCCCGUCUCACGUCGUAUGCCGUCUCGACAUCAUUGCAGCUUCAGACAGCGCUUGCCUUUAUCCGCCGAGAGCAUGGAGUCCGGCCGCGUUUGUACGAAGGAUGUGUGUAUGCCUUGUAUUUCAAGCCGCUUCUCCCAGGCUUCGGCCGUGCCUCCGUCCGCAGUUCGCGUGUUCCUCAGACAGGCAGUCCUGGUGCAGAGAGCCGGCAUGAGCGAGAGAUCCAGCGAGACGACGAGAGUGGUUAUAUUGGCAACUAUUUCGUACCUCAGUCUGAGCGGGACAUUGAUACGGACGGCUAUAUCCCCAAUGAGCACCGCGAAGAUGCGAUACAACCCGCGCAUCACCAUCAUCAUCAUCAUCCCGCCCAAAUGUUGCCCAGUAACUCGGCGAGCGAAGAACCCAGCGAUCCAGAUUCAGCAAGUGCACGGGAUAUGUUGAUGGUCGAAGAGGAUGCUCAGGAUCGGCACCAAAUGAAAGCCGGCACGCGAGUAGUACGGGUUAAUCAGGCUUCGCACACACACGAAGCAGAUGUGAAUGAGCAUGCACCACAAUCAGUACGAGAUGCGCUCGACAUGGCAGAGUUGGUACUCUUACCCUAUGGUGUUGUCGUCAUGUUUAACUUUACGCAAGAAGAGGAAGAAUUAAUUCUUGCCGACCUGAUGACGUCAGGCGCGAUCCGCAAUCCACACAAAGCUUACGAUCGCGAGCUGUUCCACUUCUGUUAUGAUCCGAAUGUGCGUGCGCCGCGCAUCAUGAACGACUUUUUCACAUUCCGCGAGCCGAAUCACCUGCUGAAGUUGUCGUUAGCCCAUGCAAUUGCCCAGAGCACCAAGCUGUCAGAGUUUGAGGAAAACAUGCACAAUACACUUGAGCUUACUUCGCAUAUUCCCAAGGAGCUUGCACAGACAGGUGAAUUGCGUGUGAGUCGACGUGGUGCCUUGCGUAUGUCAGGUCAUCUGUUCAAACUGCGUGUGGAUGUAAAUUUAACGAGCGACGUGCUGGACACGCCAGAUCUCUUUUGGAAUGAGGCGAGUUUGCAAGCGCUGUAUGAUGCAAUCCGCACAUACUUGGAAAUUGAUGAGCGCGCACAGACGCUGAAUGAACGCUUGGCCGUGGCAAAUGAGCUGCUGGAGGUGAUCCACGAACACCUUUCGAAUGCAGCCAUGAGCAAGAUUACCUGGAUUAUUAUCAUUUUGAUUGUUGUUGCAUGUAUUGUAGCGGUGGGUGAGAUUUCCGCUCGUCUCAUCCAGCAUGCUGGCAAGACCGUGAACGUGUAUAGAAUGUAG